UCGCAAAUCAUGCCAUUUAAAGAUAAUCCUACUCCUCGCGCGCGCCUUGAGGAGCGCUGUCAGCGCUCGUGCCAAAUUAGUGAUCAAAUGAAAUAGCGCUUGCGCAUCCGGACGUGUUUCUCGCAGCAAUGUGGUGCAUCAACUGCGCGUCGGAUAAGACUCCAGCAAUUCUUCAUAACAAGCUUGUGUACUGUGUGGAGGCAGAUCCUCAGUGUCUGGACACGGGUAGCUUUUCUGAUACCACCUGCAGUCAGGGCCCGUACCUGGGCAAUUCAAACCGCUACAGGAACAUUCGAAACGCUCCAAGCCCUCAGGGGCCUCCCGUGGCCCCUCCAAGCCCAGCGAGCCUGGCCUGGGCUCAACGGACCCGACACCAGCCCGCCAGCCUGGCACUCCGCAAGCAAGAGGAGGAAGAGAGCAAGCGCUGCAAAGCGCUCUCUGACAGCUAUGAGCUCUCCACAGACCUUCAGGACAAGAAGGUGGAGAUGCUGGAGAGGAAGUAUGGCGGUUACUUCCUGAGCAGGCGAGCGGCUCGCACCAUACAGACGGCGUUCCGGCAGUAUCGCAUGAACAAGAACUUUCAACGGCUGCGCAGUUCCGCCUCUGAAAGCCGAAUGACCCGUCGAAUCAUCCUGUCGAACAUGCGUUCGCAGUACUCGAUUGACGAGCGACAGCCGCAGAUCCAGCCUCAAACACCUCAGCAGCAGCAAGGUCGAUACACCAGUCAUCACAGCUCAUCUCUGGGCACAGCUGGCAAGCCGGGAACCCCAGACACACAGCAUGAGGCUUAUUCACCUGCACACAGUCCUUCAGACAGGGAGGAGUACUCGCAUGCAGACGAUGCCUUCAACAAACAGGUGACGACUCUGGCUGACACUAUGGAUGAUACUUUGACAUGUCAGUCAGGACGAGGGGACUCUCAGGAUGGUGGCAGGGGAGGCGGUGAUGAGGGUGAUGAUUUCAGUGAGUGUGCAUGGAGCAGCAAACCCACCCUGCGCAGGGGUUUCUUGGGAGAGCAAGAGCGACUAGGAGUCAUGCAUGAAGACAGCACAGUCACCUCGUACAGUGAUGUCACGCUUUAUAUGGAUGAUGGCAUUCCGUGUUCACCGCUGUCGAUUGAGCGGGUUCCCUCCAGCACGGACACGGAGUACUGGGGCAUCAGCAGGGGGGUCGGAGGUCGUGAGGACAGUCGGGACACGGAGGGUGGCGGGAGCAAUAACAGCCGGCGUAGCACGCCGUGCACGGAAUGCCGAGAUUACCGCUUACGUGGGUCCCACCUCCCUGUUCUUACCAUAGAGCCGCCCAGCGACAGCUCGGUCGACAUGAGUGACCGCUCAGACCGUGGCUCCCUCAGCAGACAGCUGCUAUACGAGCAGGAGCCUGCGGGUGGUGGAUCGCCCCAAGGAACUCUCAAACACAACCCUGUCCCUCGCUCGCCCAAUCCCUGUGCGGCACAGGGCCAGACGCGACCUCCAGGCCGCCCCAUUCAUUCGCCUUUACCUACGCACCUACCACACCAUACCAUAAUGUACCACCACCAUCACCCACACCUUCACCAUCCAAUGCACCACCACCCUUUACCACACAUCCAUCACCCCUACCCAGACCCCACAUCCCCCUCCCCCACCCAGCCUCCACUCACGCCACUCUCUUCCUCAUCAUCUGCGCCGCUGCCCCCUACUGGCCUGGAACAUUCAGAUGGCGAUAACGACUCGCUAAACUCCACCACCAACUCUAACGAGACCAUCAACUGCAGCUCAGGCUCUUCUUCCCGGGACAGUCUGAGAGAGCCACUGCCUCCGCUAGGAAAACAGACUUAUCAGAGAGAGAGCCGGCACAGUUGGGACUCUCCAGCUUUUAACAAUGACGUGGUGCAGAGGAGGCAGUACCGCAUUGGACUAAACCUCUUUAACAAGAAACCAGAGAAGGGAAUCCAGUAUUUGAUAGAGAGAGGCUUUGUAUCAGAUACACCUGUGGGCAUUGCACGCUUCAUUCUAGAGAGAAAAGGCCUGAGUAGACAAAUGAUUGGGGAGUUUCUGGGAAACCGACAAAAACAGUUCAAUAAGGAUGUGUUAGACUGUGUGUUGGAUGAAAUGGAUUUCUCAGGCAUGGAUCUGGAUGAUGCCUUGAGGAAGUUUCAGGCUCAGAUUAAAGUUCAAGGGGAAGCCCAGAAAGUGGAGAGACUGGUAGAGGCCUUCAGUCAGAGAUACUGUGUGUGCAACCCUGCACUCGUCCGUCAGUUUCAGAAUCCUGAUACUAUCUUCAUCCUGGCCUUUGCCAUCAUCCUACUUAAUACAGACAUGUACAGUCCCAAUGUCAAAGCUGAGAGAAAGAUGAAGCUGGAAGAUUUUAUCAAGAACCUGAGAGGAGUGGACAAUGGACAGGAUAUUCCCAGGGAUAUGUUAGUCGGAAUCUACCAGCGCAUUCAGAAAUGGGAACUCAGGACAAACGAUGACCACGUGUCUCAAGUACAGGCUGUUGAGAGGGUCAUUGUGGGCAAGAAACCUGUGCUUUCUCUGCCACAUCGCAGGCUAGUAUGCUGCUGUCAGCUAUAUGAAGUCCCUGACCCCAAUCGACCACAGAGGAGUGGAGUUCACCAGCGGGAGGUCUUCCUCUUUAAUGAUCUACUGGUGGUUACGAAGAUCUUUCAGAAGAAGAAGACGUCGGUGACGUACAGUUUCAGACAGUCUUUUCCCCUGGUGGAGAUGCAGGUUCAUAUGUUCCAGAAUUCCUACUACCCUCAUGGUAUCAGAUUGACAUCAGCAAUGCCUGGCAGUGAGCGUAAGGUUCUGAUUGUAUUCAACGCACCGAGCCAGCAGGACCGAACACGCUUCACCAGUGACCUGCGAGAGAGCGUUGCUGAGGUCCAGGACAUGGAGAAAUACCGCGUAGAGUCUGAGUUAGAGAAGCAGAAAGGUGUGAUGCGUUCAGGGCUCUUAAGUGGAGAUGUGGGUGGGGUUGGCGGGAUGAAGACUGAGGCUGUGAACGGCUCUCUGGGUAGGCCCAGUCUGGAUGACACAUACACGACAGGGGAGGGGCUUAAACGAACAGCACUUAGCUCCUCGCUGAGAGACCUCUCUGAGACAGGAAAGCGAGGCCGUAGAAACAGCGUUGGCUCUUUGGAUAGUACCAUUGAAGGAUCCAUCAUUAACAGCCCACAGCCACACCAGCGCAUGCCCAUUCCUGGCUGCUACGGGGUGGAAGACUACCGGCCUCACCGCCCCAUCCUGAGCCCCGGAGUAGGGGUGGGGGGUGGGCCGGGGCAGCUUCACAACGCCGUAGGGAACAUGGGUGGAAUCCCUGGCAUCGGCGAUCGAGGUGGGGGGCCAGGGAGCAGUUCUGGGGGGAGCAAUUCAGGUUCCUUCCUGGGCUCCCUGUUUGGCAGCAAACGCUCCAAAGCCCCUGCUCCCCUUACACCCCCCGGGCCACAUUACCCGGCCCCCGUGCCACCGCCUACUACAGGAGGGCCACCACCCCCAUCCCCCUCCGCCCUCAGCCAGUCAGACCCCGGUGGGCCAUCCAAAAUCCAAUCACUGCACGCUCAGUACUGUCACAACAACUUUGGCCAACCUCCGCCCCCAUACCACCAUCAUCACCGAUAUCACAUUCAGAUGUCCGGCCCGGGCCAUCUGCCCGUUACCCACAAUAUUUUGCAACGAGGGUCCCUCCCACGGCACGGGCAACCUGCUCCUUCUCACGCCCAGCCCCAGCAACAACUAUCCCAUCAUGCUAUGCAGCAAGGCCGCUAUGGAAAUAUAGCCUGCACCCCUCCGCCUCUGUCCCCGCAUUCACCCCAUUCCCCCAUCGGCCCGUUCAGCUUCUACCACGUACACCCCAUACGCCAUGCCCGCGCACCCGGUCCUACCGGAAAGCUUCCACUCACCCUGUCUCACUCUCAGCCCCACCCACACGCCUACUCCCACGUUCACUCUCAUACCCACAGCCAUCCCGGCCACACCCACAGCCCCCACCCCCUACUGCAUCACUCCGCCCAUCAGCCUCACUUCGUCUUCUCCCCACCCCCUCAGGCGCCAUCCGCUAUCACCGCCCGCCACAUACCACAGGGCACCUCCCACUACGUGCCACAAUAUCCGCCCCUGUCCUCCAUCCCGCCUCCUCCACCACACUCCCCGUUACCUCCUCCGUCCUCCCCACAUACCCCUCUCACCCCUCUUACACCAUUAUCUCCACUCACUCCAGGACCCCUGGGGGCACAGUCGGGCGGCCCAGGGGGCGGAGGAGGAGGCGGGGCCAGCAACAGCAGCACGGGCGGCAGUUCCAAAUCCAAACCUAUCAACCGCAUCAGCACGGUGGUGUGAGGGUGAGCCAUGGCAGAGGAUACAGGGUCAAAAUCCCUACGCAGAGGAGCGGAAGUCAAGGCAAGAGGAAGCACACCAUACUCAGACUCUGUUACUGCCACAUCCGCUUCCCUCAUGUGUAGAGCCUCACUGGAAAUGAAGAGAGCGGGAAUCUGGUUGGCUACAUUACUAGCCUGAACGGCGAAACACUCUUGCUGUUAGCUGCCAUUCAAAACAUAGGCUGUGUGUUAGCAUCUAAUCUGCAUCAAUUGAAGGUUUGAGAAGCCAAAAGUGGUGGAGGUAGAUUCUCUAUAAGGAUGAAUUGUUUUUUGAAGUUUGAUAUUUCUUGUGCAUUGCUGCCAAAGGAAGGGAUUACAAGAGGAAAGGGGGGUGCCAAUGGAAGUCAGACUAAAAAUCCUGAUUUGAACCAUGCUGAAGCACGCAGGAGGAAGCACUUUGAGGAAGAAGUCGACAUGGACAAAGCUGGAUUGAUGUGUGGAAAAUAUAACAAGGACUUGAACUGAACUUUUCCAUUCGUAGUCUUUUUCAGUUUUCAUGUGUCUCUGACAAUCAUUUCAGGGUCAGUUACAAAUAGUUUCGUUUGAUGCAUUCCUCAAAAUUUUCAAACAUAUUUCUCAACUGAAGUAUAAAAAGGGCCAGCAUGCACUUUGAGAAAUGCCAAACAUUUUAUUUUUAAUGUGAAAGACUAUUGUUUUGCUUUGAAAAUACUUAUUUUCAUUUAACUUGUGUGUGAGGGACUGGUUGGGGUUCACUGAGAAAGCUUCACUUAAAUCUUCAUGUCUACUGGGAUACCAUUUUUAUUUUGAGGCUAUACUAAAAAAUGAUUUUUUCUGAAGUCGCUGGGGGUCAAGUUUGCAAUAAGUCAGCCAUACUAGUGUAAAAGCAGUAUACCGUUUUUUUUUUUUUUUUUUUAAGACCUCAGUGGAGUUAUGUAACCUGAAUGUGUAGAGACAAGUGUAAAUUGUUUAGGUAGAUUUUAUAUUUUAUAAGAACAUUCAAUAUACACUCUUAAUUUGUGACUAAUAGCCAACAAUCACUGAUCAUUACGCAUAAAUUAUAAAAUCAACACCUCUUCUGUUAUAAUCUGCCACCUGUUACCUCAGCAUCUGUACUUCCUUUAUAAUGUUGCCGUUUCGCCAUUCUUUUAACUAUUUAAACAAUCUCUCCUGACCAAUGAAACAUUUAUAUUCGGCAGUUCAUUACAUAACCUUAGUGCCUACUGUAAUGGUUUGUCAUUGGAGGUUUGGGAUCAGUGGUUACGUAAUGUACUUGGCUAUGUUCUCUGGAUAACCUGUGGAGAAAUAGGAUGUACGUAUAGAGAAAGUCAGUGAAAUUUUGACAUGAAUACUAUACUUAUGGACUCGGUUUUGUACAGCUUCAAAACAAGGUGAUUGAAAUGUGUUACAGAUAUCUUAAAUACUUAGAAGUUAAUAUUCAGAAACUGAAUAUGAAAAAAGAACAUCACGAUAUGGGUGAUUUUAUGGGUGACUUUAUUACUAUUAUGAUGUCAAAUACUACUGAUAUAUUACUUGCUAUUUUUGGUGUAAAAGCUACUACUAAUAUGAUCUAUGGAUAUGUUUUAGCAGAGUGAUGUGCUGAUUGUUUUUUGAGAGCUUUUUUAGACCAAUCAACAGGUUAGACUUUCUUGUGUACAAUUAAUGUCUAACAAACUAAUUGGACUGCUAAUUUCAGGUAAAUGUUUUGCAGCAAGUUUUUAAAACUAUAUUAUCCAUGUAAAGCUGUAUGAUCUGUGUAAAACUCCUUGUUGCCAGAAGCCAUACACACUUACUUGAGCUACUCGCUCUUUUAAUAUUGUGAAUUUAUGCCGAGUUUCAUGUCCAAUGUCAGUGCCCUCUUUAUUUUUUAUAUAUAAAAAAGCGUUUUAGGGACCUAUAUUAUGCACGUGCAGUCACACACACACACACACACAUACACACUCAUUCACACUGAGAAGCUGUUAAGCCAACUUUAAAUGUGAAGAUCUUUUUUUAUUUUGUGCUGAAAGUUUCUUGUUUUUCACAUACAUUAGUUAAAGUUAUCAGUGCCUAGGAUUCAAAGUUCCACAACCAUCUGCAUUCGUCCAAAUAGACCCUUUUUCUUUUCUCACCACCCCCCACUGACCAACAUUAUGGAGGAUGAGGACUGCCGUUAUUAAAAAUAAAUAAAUGUAUAAAUAUAUUUGCAAAUAAUGUAAAAAAUGAAA